GGCCGUUCCUCCACUAACAAUCACCCCGUGCUUGAACAGGAAUCCAGAAGGUGAACCACCCAAACAUGUCGUCCAAUGUUGGCCUCUCCACCCCACGCGGCUCAGGGACUUCAGGCUAUGUCCAGCGCAACCUCUCUCUCCUAAAACCUCGCGCUGUCGGGGUCGGCGCCCCCUACAGCCUGGACUCCGCCCGGCAACAAGCGCCCAAGACCCGGAAGCCCGACCAGGAAAUCUUGAACCAUGACCGUCUCCGAGCCAUUGAGGUGAAAGUUCUGGAACUGAGGGAGAAGCUCGAGGAUGACGAGCUCGAGGAGGAGCAGAUCGACGAAGAGUGCGAGAAGCUGAGAGAACAGCUGACCAAAGAGAUGGAACGGGAGAAGAACCGGGACGGCGGGAGAUCAAGAGGUGGCAGUGCCAGGCGGGUGGAUGGAAAGGGCCUCAAGAGCUACCAGGUGCACGAACUGGCCGAGGCAAAGGAACAAGAGAGUGAACGAUUACGAAGAGCUCUUGGACUCAAACCUGGUGAAAUCCCGCAAGAUGACGAACACCCGAUGGCGAGACAGGAGAAGAGGAGACGGGAGAGAGAGGGAGUCCAAGAGAAGACUGAACCUGUGGAGUGAGGUUUUGGGGAACAGGAACCAAAGCACCGACAGCGAGGCCCAUAUUUCCCCAGUAUGUCUCGCUAACAGUCGCCUUCCUCAGUAAAGAAGCUCCCAGGGCACAGGCAGAGAAAUUGGCGUCACACCCUGUUCACUUCUUAUGGGUGUCACUGCCGUCGCUGGUAUCAGACUAGACACGACCAGAAAGCUGAUUCAAGCACCCCUACGGCGAGGCUUCACCAAAGACACAGCUCAAUGGUUCGCCAGAGGUUACGGUCUUCCAAAAUCAAGGGAUGGCAUCGUCGCCCCUCUCAGACUGCACCACCAUCGUGUGGAAUACGGGUUUGGCAAUGCCGGAAUAUUCUGGGUUCAGAAGCCGAUGUCUAUGUGAUCCUUAUGGGAUGCGGUCUGCCAUGCCAACAAGACGCCUAAUACCUGCUCAAGCUUACUAGAACGUCCUUGGUCUCCGCAGUCCUGGACAUUCUUCUCAAACCUGUCACAAAAGAAGCAGGCCCAGUGCCUCGUCAUCAAUAGAUCUACGCCCUCCCUAUCCUAUGCUUUCCUCUGCCGCUAAAACGGAAGGGUGGAACUGGUUGGCGAACCAACCAAAAGGAAAAAGGCGGAUUACCUCAACAGUCGCCGACGAUGUUGUGGCACGGCUUUUUGGGACGAUCAAAUAGUUCAUGUUUCGGUGUUUCACCAAGCCAUCGUGCAAAGAUCUCAUGUCAAGUGUUUGCGUACAUUAGCAACAAAGAGACCUGCAUUUUGCGUGCGCGCUAAUAUGUUCUCCUCCUGCUCACUGCCACAUGUUGUC